UCAUCUGUCAGACAUAAGCCGAGUAACUUCCCAUUCUGCAAUUUAGUGCAUUCCAAAGUUUAGUAACUUCAAGCUUCGAUUUUGUACCAAUUAUGGCUACAAAUUACAAAGUUGUAUCUGAUGAUACUCAGUUUAACGAAGAAUUAAAUAAUGCUGGAGGAAAAUUGGUGAUCGCGGAUUUCACAUCUGCAAGAUGCCCACCAUGUCAAAGAAUUGCUCCAACAUUUGCAAGAAUGGGAGAGAAGUACAGUGGAGCUGUGUUCCUCAGCGUAGACAUCCAGAAGUGUCCUGGAUCAGCUCAGCAGAAUGCCAUCACUGCCACACCAACUUUUAUUUUCUAUAGAAACAAGACUAAACUUGACAGUUUGUCAGGUGGAGACCCAGAUGCUUUAGAAGCCAGGAUUAAAAAGCAUUACUCUGAAGCUGACCAGGUUGAGACUCGAGAUUCUGGAGUAGCUGGACAUAUUGAUCUUCUUCCCAUGAUCAACAAAAGUGGCUGUGAAUGCCUGAACCAGAACAGUGACCAUCCAUACACCAAUGCUGUCUUCUCCAGCAGUGAUGACACUUACCUCGAGAGUGAUGCUGAUGAACAACUGAUCCUGUCUCUGGAGUACAGCCAACAUGUAAAAGUGCACAGUUUACGCAUCAAAGGACCGGCAGACACUGGCCCCAAGAAUGUACGUCUCUUCAUCAACCAGCCUUACGCCAUGGACUUUGACUCAGCUAUGAACAACAUAGCAGCCCAGGAGCUAACAUUGACCGAGAAGGAUUUGAAGGGGUCGCUCAUCAAGCUGAAGUAUGUAAAAUUCCAGAAUGUCCAGAACUUGACGAUAUUCAUCCAAGACAACCAGAGCGGAGACGAGGUGACCAGGAUCAACUCGAUACAGGUUAUUGGCAGCCCUGUGCAGACGACAAACAUGUCGGACUUCAAACGCGUCGCCGGCAAGAAAGGUGAAAGCGAAUGAUGCUCUUUUGUCCAACAUUCAUUUUCGAAGCUUGAAGACUAUCGUUUCCCUGUGUAACAUGAUUGGAAAAAUAGCUGUGGCCCAUUUCUUCUAUUCAGAUUUCGAAAUUUGUCCAUAUCGCAUAGUUUGCUAUAGCGCCGGCAGCAAUGCACAUUUUGCAAGCUAUCAGCUGAUGAACAGCGUUUGCUGGAUAGUGCUCCAAAUUAAAAAAAAAACACAACCUAAUUGAACUAGAUAGGCUGAAAUUCCUUAAUUAAGAUUAAGGAAUUUGCUGGUAUUUUCAGUGUUUCGUGACAUGUUGUAAUUGAUUAUUCAAAUUUUAGUUUUUCAAAGUCAACAGAUUCGUGUGUUAGGUAUAAAUGUCUUUAUUUAAAUGCACUUGGUUUAACCUCAAGCUGUAAUAGCUCUCACUUUGUACCUCGAAAUUAAAUUUAUCUAAUGGCGACUAUUUUCACAA